GCUAGCCUUUGUCUUCGGGAAAGUACGGUGGCUCUGAUUUGUAUUUAAAGAGCUUUCGUGCCUGUGUAAAUCAAAGUCUUCGGUGUUUUCUGUAGCUGAGAGCAGUUGAUUUUCACUGAUCUCAAUGGAUUCGAUACUGGAUUACAGGUUAGAAGAAAGUGAAGAUUUCUACACCUUACUGGGAUGUGAUGAACUUUCUUCGGUCGAACAAAUCCUGGCAGAAUUUAAGAUCAGAGCUCUGGAAUGUCAUCCUGAUAAGCAUCCUGAAAAUCCCAAAGCUGUGGAGACAUUUCAGAAGCUGCAGAAGGCCAAGGAGAUUCUGACCGAUGAGGAGAGUCGCGCCCGCUAUGACCACUGGCGAAGGAGCCAGAUAGCGAUGCCCUUCCAGCAGUGGGAAGCUUUGGCUGACUCAGUGAAAACGUCAAUGCACUGGGCUGUCAGAGGUAAGAAAGACCUGAUGCUGGAAGGAUCUGACCAGACUCAUACCAACAAGAGUAAAAAUGAGGACUGGAAUGAGCAAAGAGAAAUAAAGAGAAAGGAUCUGAGUUCAAUUGCAGAGAAAAUGAAGCAGAAAGAAUCCAAGUCACUCUCCCCACCAAAUCCAGAUUCUCCAAAUUCAGAUGUGAGCUGUUGGCACUUUCGUUUCCGCUGGUCUGCAGAUGCUCCUUCAGACCUCCUGAGGAAGUUCAGAAACUAUGAAAUAUGAAAUGUCCCUGGCUCCCGAAGUCUACCUCCUGUGCAGCUAAAAAUGCAGUGUUUGUACAUAUCUUUAAAAAUGUCAUGUUUGAGUUGGACAUGGUGGCAUAUGCAUUUGGGAGGGUGAAGCUGAAGGAUUGUUAAGUUUGAUGCUUGUUUGAGCUGCAUGGUGAGACCCUGACUCUCCACAACCCCUUUCCUGCCACCCCCUCCCCUUCAUGUUUGGGAGUCACUAAGUAUGGUUGUUUCCUCCAUUUUUAAACUCAUUGUCUGGAUGAGUUUUUUGUUUGUUUUGUGCUAGGGAUUGAAUGCAGGGUCUUGUGGAUAUUCUGUAACUGAGCUACACCCCAUCUUUCAAUAUGUUGUGUUUUAAAAAAUGUACUUUAUUGUUAUUAUGUGAUGUAUACAGGGAUUACAAUGACAUGGGUUAGGUAAUGAGUACAAUGUGUUUUUUAAGUGAGGACAUUUUAGAAGACUAGUUUCUUCCGUUAUUUGAACAAAUUGAGACUCAUAGAUCCAAGUAGGUUAUAUUCUGUCUUUUCCUGGUAAUACUAUUUACAGAAACCAA